AUGAAUUUGGGCUCUUCUGAUUUAUCAAAUCCACCACAUAACAAGACUGCAGAUAUGGCAAUGCCCACUUCUGUGGAAUCUGUUCCUGAUAAUUUAGCAACCGAUGCACCUUCUAAAUUCUCUACUUCUGGCAUCACCUCGUGGGCAAAAAAAUUGAAAAUUCCACAGCCAUUUGUGGGAUCCCAAGAUGAAUCACCAUCUGGAAAUUCAGGGAAGUCAUCUUUUGCUCGUGUUGCUGGUGGGCUUGGGUUGCGCUUGUCACCGAAAUCUCCUCAGGCACCGAAAUCUCCUCAAGUAGAUGAAGGUUCUGAAGGGUCCUUGUCAAGUGCACAACCAGGUUUUAUUGGAACUAUCACUAAAGGGUUUGUUGAUUCAUCUAAGAGUGCAGUGAAGGCCGUACAGGUCAAAGCUCGGCAUGUUGUGUCUCAAAAUAAACGAAGAUACCAGGAAGGAGGAUUUGAUUUAGACAUGACUUACAUCACAGAGAAUAUUAUUGCCAUGGGCUUCCCUGCUGGUGACAUGAGCUCUGGUUUUUUGAGCUAUGUUGAGGGAUUUUAUCGGAAUCACAUGGAGGAAGUAAUCAAGUUCUUUGAAACUUAUCACCAGGGGAAAUACAAAGUCUACAAUCUCUGUUCUGAGAGAUUGUACGAUGCAUCGCUGUUUAAGGGAAAGGUGGCUAGUUUUCCGUUUGAUGACCACAAUUGUCCUCCUAUUCAGCUCAUAAUAUCAUUUUGUCAUAGUGCAUAUUCAUGGUUGAAGGAGGAUAUAGAAAAUGUUGUGGUCGUGCACUGUAAAGCUGGAAUGGCAAGGACGGGGCUGAUGAUUUCUAGUCUUCUUCUGUACUUGAAGUUCUUUCCCACAGCUGAAGAGUCUAUUGAUUAUUACAAUCAGAAAAGAUGUGUUGAUGGGAAAGGGCUUGUUCUGCCUAGUCAGAUCCGAUAUGUCAAGUAUUUUGAACGCAUUUUGACAUACUUCAAGGGAGAAAACCAGCCUGGGCGCAGGUGCAUGCUUAGAGGCUUCCGGCUUCAUAGAUGCCCCUACUGGAUCAGACCAACCAUUACAGUAUCUGAUCAUAAUGGAGUGCUCUUUUCAACCAAAAAGCAUCCAAGAACCAAGGAUCUGUCGCCUGAAGAUUUUUGGUUUAGUGCACCGAAGAAGGGGAUAAUGGUUUUUGCUCUUCCUGGGGAGCCUGGACUGACAGAGCUGGCUGGCGAUUUCAAAAUUCACUUUCAUGAUCGCCAAGGAGACUUCUAUUGCUGGUUGAACACUACAAUGAUUGAAAAUCGCAAAGUUCUAAACACUAGUGAUCUUGAUGGGUUUGACAAGAGAAAACUACCAUCCCCGGGUUUCCAAGUUGAAGUUGUGCUUGUGGAUUAUGACGCUGCUGUUCCAGCAAGACCUCCAUCAGAAGCCACUGCUAGUACCCCGAUUGAAGUUUCAGGUCCUCCUACUCCUGUUGAUGAGGCUGCAGCUGCAACAAAAUCGAACAGAGACUCCGGAAAUCAAGAGAAGGAUGAUGUUUUCUCUGACAAUGAGGCCGAGGAAACUGGGUCAUCGAAAACUAGGCAAACUCAAGCAGCUCCUGAAACUAGUGGAACAGAUAACACAACAGCUUCUCGUCCUGACAAUAAACUGGACCUGAAGCAAGUUGCAAACUUGGCAGACAAGACGGAAAAAGUCUCUCUAGGAAAUGCAGGGUCCUUGCAUAGUCUGCCGAAGAAAGAUGCGGUUGAAAACUCAGCAGUAGUGGUAAGUGAGUUCAAGGCAAUGGCUGCUGAUGCAUCUGUUUUCACAUUUGGAGAUGAUGAGGAUGAUGAAAGUGAUUAG